AGCCACGGAAUUAUGUUUUGAAUGAGUGGAAAAUUUUGAGGAUUAUUUGAGUCAAUUUUCCGGGCCAUCUUCCGAAUGAUGAGCCAUGAGGAUCCAACGUCUUCCCUGCAUUUUCCCCAUCCCACCGCUCCACCGUUGCUCUGCUUCGCUUCCAAAUUUCCUUCAGAUGUUGUCUUGUAAACUACUGCAACUCUCUAUCGCUCCAUCUUCUACUUCUGAUUAAGCCGACGCCAUGGAAACGCUCAGCCACUCAACCUCCGCCCUCCCACUUCAAUAUCACGCAUUCUCCACCAGACCCACCACUCUCGCCGCCGCUCUCGCCUCCGCCUCCACUCUCCUACACCUCAAACAAGUCCACGUUCAAAUCCUUCGCUCCAAAUUCGAACGCUACGAUUCCGAUUCCCUUCUUUUCAAACUUGUCCUCUCAUCUUGUGCUCUCUCCUCCAGCCUCGACUAUGCCCUCUCUGUCUUCGAUCAAAUCCCCGAGCCCAAGACCCGUUUCUGCAAUAAGCUCCUGCGCGAAUUGUCUCGGGGUCCGAAGCCGGAGAAUGCGCUUUUUGUGUACGAGAAGAUGAGGGCCGAGGGUCUGAGUCUGGACCGGUUCAGCUUCCCGCCGAUUUUGAAAGCGGCUUCUAGGAAUCUGUCUUUGAGAACGGGGAUGGAGAUUCAUGGACUUGCGUCGAAGUUGGGGUUUGGUCCAGACCCAUUUGUGGAGACGGGGUUGGUGAGAAUGUAUGCGGCCUGUGGAAGGCUUAUGGAAGCACGGUUGGUGUUUGAUAAAAUGUCUCACAGGGAUGUCGUCACUUGGAGCAUCAUGAUUGAUGGGUACUGCAUAAGUGGCUGUUAUGAUCUUGCCUUUCAACUCUUCGAAGAAAUGAAGAGAACAGACAUGGAACCUGAUGAGAUGAUUCUUUCAACCAUUAUUUCUGCCUGCGCUCGUGCUGGAAAUUUGGAUUAUGGAACAAGAAUACACGAGUUCAUUACUAAGAAGAAUAUUGUCAUGGAUCCUCACUUACAAAGUGCUCUCAUCACGAUGUACGCAAGUUGUGGCUCCAUGGAUUUGGCUUGGGAUUUGUAUGAAAAGAUAUCCCCCAAAAACAUGGUUGUUUCAACUGCCAUGGUUUCUGGGCUUUCAAAAUGUGGACAGAUUGGUGAUGCUCGCUAUGUGUUCGAUCAAAUGGUGGAGAAGGACUUGAUAUGUUGGAGUGCAAUGAUUUCUGGAUAUACUGAGAGUGAUUGCCCUCAAGAGGCUCUUGUAUUGUUCAAGAAAAUGCAACUACUGGGAAUAAAACCUGAUGUAGUGACCAUGUUGAGUGUCAUCUCAGCUUGUGCUCAUCUUGGUGCAUUAGAGCAAGCCAAUUGGAUCUGUACUUAUGUUGAUAAAAAUGGGUUCGACAAGGCAUUAUCCGUCAAUAAUGCACUCAUUGAUAUGUAUGCCAAAUGUGGGAGUCUAGAAGGAGCGAGGGAAGUUUUUAAAAAGAUGCCAAAGAAGAAUGUUAUAUCUUGGACAUGUAUGAUUAAUGCUUCUGCAAUGCAUGGAGAUUCUCAUAAUGCUCUAAACCUAUUUCAUCAAAUGAAGGAUGAAAAUGUUGAGCCUAAUUGGAUCACAUUUGUUGGGGUGCUUUAUGCUUGUAGCCAUGGAGGUCUAGUUGAGGAAGGCCGAAAAAUAUUUCACUCAAUGAUCAAUGACUAUGGCAUUAGUCCGAAACACGAACACUUCGGUUGCAUGGUUGACCUCUUUGGCCGUGCAAAUCUUCUGAGAGAAGCUCUUGAGAUGAUAGAGGCAAUGCCCUUUGCUCCUAAUGCUAUUAUUUGGGGAUCCCUUAUGGCUGCUUGUCAGGUCUAUGGCGAGACUGAGUUAGGAGAGUUUGCUGCUAAACAAGUUCUAAAGCUCGAGCCAAAUCACGAUGGGGCCUUUGUUGUCUUAUCGAAUGUAUACGCUAAAGAAAGGAGAUGGGAAGACGUUGGGGAAGUUAGAAAACUAAUGAAUGAGAUGGGCGUUGCCAAAGAGAGAGGAUGCAGUAGAGUUGAAUUGAACAAUGAGGUGCAUGAAUUUCAAAUGGCAGAUAGAAAGCACAGGCAAGCAGAUCAAAUAUAUCAAAAGUUAGAUGAGGUAGUUCAAAAGUUGAAGAUGGCUGGUUAUACGCCUCGCGUAGAUUGCGUUCUUGUUGAUUUAGACGAAGAAGAAAGGAAGGAAGCAAUCCUCUGGCACAGCGAGAAACUGGCACUUUGCUAUGCCCUCAUGAACGAAGGGUCACACAUUCGCAUUAUAAAGAACCUUAGGAUUUGUGAAGAUUGUCAUACUUUUAUGAAAUUAGCCUCUAAGGUUUAUGCCAGAGAGAUUAUCAUUAGGGACAGAACUAGAUUUCACCAUUACAGAGACGGUUCGUGUUCAUGUAACGACUAUUGGUGACCAAUUUUUGUAAAUAUGUAGUCUUAUUAAAAUGACUUUUACAGUAGAGUUCUUCAA